AUGGAGGCAGUGACUUAUGAUGAUGUGCACAUCAAAUUUACUCAGGAGGAGUGGUCUUUGUUGAAUCCUUCCCAGAAAAUUCUCUACAAAGAUGUGAUGCUAGACACCUACAGGAACCUCACUGACACAGGCUACAGUUGGGAAGACCAUAAUAUUGAAGAACAUUGUCUAAUUUCUAGAAGACAUAGAAGACAUCUUCAAAGGCAUGAUAAAAGUCAUACUGGGGAGAAACUAUAUGAAAGCAUUCAAUAUGCCAAAGUCUUUGUAUGUCACAGUUGUCUCUAUCUCCAUAAAAGAAGACAUACUGGAGAGAAAACCCAUGAAUGUAAUCAAUGUGGUAAAGCAUUUAUAAGAAAUGGUGUGCUUAAAAGACAUAUAAGAACACAUACUGGAGAGAGACCCUUUAUAUGUAAUCAAUGUAGUAAAGCAUUUUCACAGCACAGUAAUUUGUAAGUACAUCAAAGAACACAUAGCAGAGAGAAACCCUAUGAAUGUAAUCAAUGUGGUAAAGCAUUUUUACAACACUGUAAACUCCAAAUACAUAAAAGAACACAUGCAGGUGAGAAACCCUAUAUAUGUAAUCAGUGUGGUAAAGCCUUUGCAUAG